CUCAGUGAUGGAUGUUUUUCAUAGAGAUGAGUGGUUUCAUAGGAACCCGUUAAUGGAGCUUAUAUCGGAUUUCGAAUCGAGCUCUGAUGAUAUCAUGCAAAAUCACCAGCUUAAUGGUUGAUACUUGAUAAGAAGAACGCGUCGAUAUAACACCUCCACUGAUCCAGCGACUCGAUUAAGUGCUUUUGUGAUUCCUAUCAAUGUAUUUCUAAGCUUUAACCGGCAUUCACUCACCAAUUCCGACCGACAUGGCCUUAUGAGGCUCUUCGAGCUGAAACCCUUGGACCCACCCUAAACCAACCGGACUUUCCAAGGCCCCAUCCCGGUUUCGACGUCUUCCCUUAUUAACCUACUGAUAAAUACUAACUAAUACUACACGAACUAAAGAACCGGGUUUUUCUGCUUUUCGUCAAAAGUCCGCCGGACUUGUCAGCAUACACCGCCUUCCAUUCUUCUCCUGCAAGCUCUUUAUGCACGGCAGAUCACGGUUAUGAUAUCCCAUUCCAAUGCAGACAGGCCCAAGCCCGCAACGGCUAAAUGGGGUGCUGCUUGUGCGCAGUGCUCUACCGCGAAAGCCAAGUGUAUACGGUCAAAUAAUACGCCUGGAUCAAAGUGCGAUAGAUGUGAACGACUAGUCAAGAAUUGUACGGAGCAGGUUCAUCGACCCCGGAAAAAGAGAACUGUCAAACCAUCGUAAGUUAACCUAUCAUACAACCCUAACAACACACCGCAUCCACAUAUCGCCAGUCACUGACAUGAUUUAGACGAACUGCUCAAAUAGAAGAAAGACUAAAUGGACUAGUAAAUCUUCUCAAAGCAGGUGGCCUCACCAAUGCCGAUCUUGCAACAGAUACGACCUGCAUCCCAACUGAGGUUGACCCUACCACUGCUGAUCAACGGAAGCCUUCAACGAAAGAGAGAGAUUCUUCUCUCACUCCUGAGACAACAGAGUGGUCAAUACCUGAUACUUACAACUCAUAUGCUCCUCCACAAUGUAUAUGCAGACAGACCAGUGGAGUGGCUCCGCCCCCUCCGGCCUCAGAUGAAGAACUCUUGAAGCUUUAUCGAAAAGAGUUACAAGCCCUUCACCCGUUUGUCGUGAUCCCCGAUGGCGUUACAGCUGCAAAACUCAAGGCGACGCGGCCUUUCCUUAUGUCGGCCAUUCGCAUGGUCACGUCGUAUCGCAGUCUAAGGUCGAUGAGGGCUCAGAUGUAUCAUCUGAUGAAGUACAUAGCAGACCACAUGCUCAUCCGUUCUGAGCGAUCUCUGGACUUAUUACUUGGAAUCAUUGUCAUAAUUGCGUGGUACAAGUAUCACUGCUUCAUGCACGCACAGCUAAACAACUUGAUCGCCUUGGCCUCUACUCUCGUGGGUGAGUUGGGCUUACACCGCAGUCCGACGGUUCUGGAGCGGACCAGCUUGAUGGUUGUGACACCGUUCCAGCCGGCAGCGAGAACCAACGAGGAGAGGAGAGCCUUAUUGGGAGUAUGGUACUUAUCUUCAUCGAUGUCUCUCGGGUUCCUACGGAUAGAACCCAUGCGGUACACCAAAUACAUCCAACAAUGUCUGGCUGUUCUUGAGCAAGAAAGGGAGUACGACACGGACAUGCGCCUUGUAACGCUUGUUCGCGUUCAGCACUUGACGGAGAGGAUCGCACAACUUAAUGCUCCUGAUGACCCUGCGGAAGAGAUUGUUGGCCUCCCAGCGGCACCAUUGUCAGCCUACGUUUCUGCGUUCCAUAACGAACUUGACAGGAUCAGGAAUGGGUUACCUCCCGAGCUUACAAACGACAGAGUGAUAAAUAUGUUUCUAAAUACGGCCAUGCUCCGUUUAUAUGAACCUCCUAUACUAGACGCCCCUAAAAUUAUCUCCAUGUCAGAGUCAUUAACAUCUCCAACAUUAGGGGCUGCUUCAGCUCUUGACAUCUUUUACCAGUCAAGAAACGCACUGAAGAAGUUCUUUGACGAUUGGCUCAUGGUUCCGAUUCCCGAAUUCUACAACCAGACAACACCAGUAGUUGCACAACUUGUCUACGGGAUGACAAUGCUUGGUCGCUGGGCCAAGUAUACUGCACCAAUUCCUUUGACAAAGGCCACUACAUCAAUGCCACAGGACACAAGCGCGCGAGACCCCCAUGAUGAGAUUUACAAAGCAGACUCCGCAUACUCGGCGAGUGUCAGCCCAUCAGUUGCAACACCGUCAGUGACGACGGGAAGAGAUUCUCAUGAAACCAGCCCGAUCUCACUCCGGGAGGGUACAGACCCGAGGCUACCAGCUGCUGUGGCUGCUCUUCGGUCACAGAUCCAGACCCAACCAGGACUCUCCCUCGACGUCACAGGGAUACUAUCGGCGAUAUGUGCGCGGUUUGAAGAAGCCAACGCAUCAUUCCAGAUGGCAUCAACAGAGCCUGGUGCUUCGGAUCACAACUUGUGGAGUAUGAGUGCCAUCAAGGUUAAAAUCACGAGGGCAAAGCUUGAGAGAUGGGCAGAAAUUGUAGCGGCUGGUACAGAAGCCCUAAAGAUACACGAUGAAGUCCGAGACACGGCCAUGAUAGAUAGUAGCACAAGCGAGACCGGAGCCGCUGGCCCUGUAGCGGCCAUGGGCCAGGAUAUGCAGCCUGAUGCGUUCACCAUGCCGGAUUGGAACCCUGACAUGCCGUGGGCUUCGGAGAUGCUCCAGGGGGUUGACCCUUCGAUAUGGUUCGACGGUUAUCUAGAUUGGGGGGCUGUUGUUAUGAAUUCUAUGGGUAAUCUGGGACACCCGAACUAGCCCUGAGACAUCGCCUUAGGGGCGGUAUCUUAUAUAUGAUAUGUCAGAUGAGGCUUAAUAUUAAUUAUGACUGAUCUAAGUGAC